UGUUGAGCAAAAUAAUCCUAUAGAGCAUAUUGAACAUUGUGUAUAAAGACAGGGUGGCGUGAAUUUUAAAUAUUUGUGUUGGUGGAAACAAGAUAACAUGACAUUGCCUUACAAAAGCUGCAUGGAUAUUUGUCAUGAUGACCAUGUCAUUAAAUGUGGUCUUCCACGCCAAGGACUGAUAGUGGCGGUCUGCAUAGCGAUGAAUGUUUUCGUUCUCACACAGUUUAAAGCGUAUCCUGUUGUACCAAAUAUGCAAGAGAAAGGAGUAUAUACAGUUCCAUCAUGUAAAUGUACGAACAACAGUCAUCGAAGAGAUAUACGUGUUCUCUGUCUCAUCCUUGCAAAUGGUUAUGAAGACCAGAAAAUGACUGCAAUAAGCAAGACCUGGGCAGUGCGUUGUGAUAAGCAUCUUUUCAUCAAUGGACAAACGAAUAUGACGAAAAAAGCGAAAACUAUAUUAAAUGUUCCAGUUCCAGAAAAGAGAAAGCAUUUGACAAGAAAGGUUCAACGUGCGCUCGAACAUGUUUACAGAACAUAUAAAGGCAGUUAUGAUUGGAUACUGAAAUGCGACACUGACACUUUUGUUAUUAUGGAAAAUCUUCGACACCUUCUCUCAUUUGCGGACUCAAAUAAACCAGGUUACCUGGGUUUUCAUAUAAAGACAAUGAAAACAGAGCGUAAUGGUUAUAUGAGUGGAGGCGCCGCCUACGCAAUUAGCUGGCAAGGUCUUCAUCAGCUAAUGCAUAAAGGCUUCAAAAACGGCUGCUGCGAACAAGAUGGCGCCCAUGAGGAUCUUCGAAUUGGCUUAUGCCUUGCUGUACGUACUAUGUAUCAAAAUAGAAUCAUCAAAUUCAUAAAAUGUUACACAACAUUGUCCAGAAAAUAAUAUACAUAAAUAAAUUGCACAUCGUAAUAUCUGAUGAACGGCAUCAAAAGAUGGUGUUGAUAUUUACAUGCGUGUAAAUCUGUUAGGUGUAAGAGUUUGAUCUUCAAUUAGCAUGUAUAGUUUAUUAAUGUUUGAUUCGCAAAUACUCAAUUAGUAAGAUACUCAACAGUGGAUCUUUUAAAAGAACUAUAUCUAAACGGUGUAUUAACUACAAACAGUUUAACCGCCUCGGUAGCCUAGUGGUAAUGCGACCGCGUUGAUGCUAUCGAGAUUGUGUUUUCGUUUCCUUGCCGCGUAAUACCAAAAAAAAUGAAAAUGGUUCUAGUAGCUUCCUGGCCAUCAGCUCAGCCCGAUGCCAGUAUAAUUUGGCUCGGUUGGCGUGAUAUUUCAUCGAGGCAGCACUAUUCCGUUUGAUUUUGUUUUAAUACAUACAAGUAGACACCGCUGUACAUAUGGCUGAC